CGCCCGCCCGCCCGCCCAUGGCUUCGUAGCGCCAGGCAUUGGCCAUGAACGUGGUGGGGAGCUACCAGGGCCACCACCACCCGCACCAUCACCCGCACAGCGCCUUGCUCCACGAGCCGUUUCUCUUCGGGCCGCCCCCACCUCCGCCCCCUGCGCGAUGUUUCCCGGCGGCGGCGGCGGCGUCCGACCGGCCCUUCGCGCAGGGCUGGCUGUUGAGCGCAGCGUCGGCCGAGCUGUCUCCGCCGCCUCAGCCGCCGCCGCCGCCGCCGCCUCCGGAGCUAGUGUGUGCCGCGGCCGGGCUGGCUUCCUCGGCUUCGCCCUCUUCGUCCUACGGCAGCAGCCCCUCGGAGCUGGGCGGGCGCCUGCCUGGGCGCCGGAGGUCCGGCCCGGCGCCUGGAGCCCCGCGCAAGGAGCGGCGUCGCACCGAGAGCCUGAACAGCGCCUUCGCCGAGCUGCGCGAGUGCAUCCCCAACGUGCCGGCCGACACGAAGCUGUCCAAGAUCAAGACGCUGCGCUUGGCGACCAGCUACAUCGCUUACCUCAUGGAGGUGCUGGCCAAGGACGGGCCGGCCGCCGAGGGCUUCAAGGCCGAGCUCAAGAAGGCCGAGCCCCGCGACGCCAAGAGGAAGCGCGAGCAGCCGCAGCCCGUGGGAUAUUCUCAUGCUUUAGGUCAAGGCGAAAAAAGGCUUAAGGGCAGGACUGGGUGGCCUCAGCAGGUCUGGGCGCUGGAACUGAAUCAAUGACCCUCCGGAGUUCCCGUUUGCGACGAAGAAGAAUCGAACAACUGCGGUGGGGAACCCGAACCCGGCGGGAUGGCCCGGCCCAGCGCGACUCUUCGCAGCUCGCCUUCUUCUCCCUCUUUCCUGCCGUGCCAAAAAGCAACCGUGCAGCUCUUCCCUUCAUUUGCUUUGGGAACGUCGGGGGGCCUGUGCAAUGUCGGAGCCGCGGUGGAGAAUACUAUAACCCUACAAAAGGAGGAGGCGAGGCCGAAAACUAGCCUGCAAUCCCUUGGCUGAACCUAUUCGUACACACGUGCUUCACUGUCCGUGCAACUCUCUACUUUCUGGGAACCUCGUCGGAAAGCCAAGCAUUUGUGUACCCCACUCCCUGUUUUAAAUUUGUCGGUACCAGGGUACGUCCUCCUGCCGCGUAACUCUUUCGGGGGGAUUGAGGAAGGUCUGAAGCGCCAGAGAUGACCCCUCUCCCUUAAAACAAAGCAAAAGCCCGCAGCCCUGAAAGAGUAGGUAGAGGCGGAGGGGUGACUUUUCCAACGCCUGCUUCGAUUGCCUGGACGCCGCUGUGAUUUCCGUGCUUGGAGAAGAGAGGACUCUAAUGAGCAACGGAAAAGUCGUCUAGGCACCCCUCCUCGGAAGGAAGGGAGAAAGGGGCGCAACAC